AUGAAAAAAGAGAAAAGAAAAUCUUCUUAAGCUUCUCUUUAUCGUUCUUCAAUCACAAUUACUGAUAUUCCAGAUAAUCUAAUAGAAAAAAAUGAUAUUUUGGCAGAGGAAAUAUAAAGGACUGUGAAAACUCUUACAUUUAAAUAAAGGAUUGUUAAAGCGGAAAGACAUAUUUACGAUGCUUAUUAUUUAAGAACCAUACGUAAUGAUAUUGAUGAAACUGAUAAGAAAUUUCUAAAAAUAUUAUGGAUAGUUGAAAAUUAAUACUUUUGGAUUUAAUUCCAAUUUGUAUUAACUUUAUUGUAUUAAUUGAUGACCUUCUUUGAAUCAACAGCAACAGAUGGAUUAGAAGGAUUCAUUUUAUCAUUUUUUGGUUUAGACACUAUAAUAACAUUAAUUUUGUUGAAAUACAAGAAGAGAGGAAGCUAAGGAUUCAAAUUUAAUUUAAAGAGAUAACUUAAAAUCUUUUUUUUUUCAAUGUGUUUACUUGAUUUUUUUAUACAUCUUGGUGAUCCUAGUAUAAUAAGAUUUAGUUAAAUUUUGAGAGCUUUUUUGAUGCCUUUAUAUUCAAAAGAUUUAAGAAGGACUUUAAAAGGGAUAAUGAAAGCAAGUCGAGAUUUACUUUUAUUAAUAGUAUUGUAUUUAUUCGUAAUUUCAAUAUUCUCUUUUAUAGGGGUAAAUUUAAUAGGAGAAUUAGAGCAUGUUGAUAAAACAACUUAAGAUUAUGGUAAUUUUUUAAAGUUUUUUUCUAUGUUAUUAAUGACAGCAACUCUCGAUUUUUAUCCUGAUAUUUUAAUACCACCUAUGAUGGAAGGAACAUAUUAUGCUUUAUUCUUUAUAAUUUAUUUAUUGUUAUUUAUAUUUCUAUUUGCACCUAUUCCAUUAGCAGUAGUUUAUGAAGGAUUUAGAAAUCAUAGAAUGGAAAUUGCAAUUAGUGAUAUUAUAAAAUAGAAAUCAGCUAUGAUGGCAAGUUUUAUUUCUUUAGAUUUUGAAGAUUAAGGAUUUUUAGCUGAAACAUAGUUUAAAGAUUUUAUUAGAGGAUUUUAUAGAAAUUAACUUUCAGAACAUAAACUUUAAUAAUUAUUUGGAGAAAUUGAUAAAGAUUUCAAGUAAAACAACAAUAAUAAUUAGUGAUAAAGUUUAAUUUGAUGAAUUUUACUAAUUAUUAAAAGUGCUAUAGGAUGGUACCAGAUUUAAUCUACCUGAAGCCAAACCUUUAGAAUGUUGGGAAAAAAUAAGAGCAUAUUUAAAUCAAAAAGGUCUAUUGAAAUUUAUAGAAGGAAGUCUUUUUGGAACAGUUAUGUUGGUUGUGACAGUUACAAAUUGUAUACUAAUUAUUACUGCUUUUUUUAUUGAAGAUAUUAAUAUCUUAGAAAUAUUUAAUUAAUUAGACACAAUAUUUUUGGUAUUAUAUUCUUUAGAAUGUAUGGUAAAGAUUGUUGCAAUUGGAAUUAGAGAUUAUUUUAAAGAAGGAUGGAAUGUUUUUGAUAUUUCAUUAGUUAUUCUUUAAUUGAUCUUUGAUUAUGUUUUAUUUAAUGUCGUUAGUGGAAACAUAGUACAAUCUAUUAAGGCAAAUAGAAUAUUGAGGUUAGCUAAAAUAUAGAAAGUUUUCCGUUUAUUUAGAGCAUUUAGAUCAGUUAAAAUUAUAAGUUUUCUGCUUAAAGGAGUAGAAUUUUUAGAUGUUGUGAGAAGAUUAUUAUAUAAAAUAUUAUUCUGUAUUCCUAUAAUAAUUAGAUUGAUGAUGCCUGUUUAGAUGGUUUUCUUUAUUUAUGCUACUAUUGGCAUUUAUAUAUAUGGCAAUGUAGAAACAAUUCCUGAUAAUCCAUAUGCCAAUUCUAAAUGUGAUCCAAAUGAAUUACAAUAUUCUUGGGGAGAUUGUAAAUAUGCUGAUUUUAAAUCAUUUAGUGGAGCUUAUUUGAUGAUGCUUUAAUUUUUCAUUGCUGCUGAAUGGAAUUAAGUUGUAUUUGAAUUAACUUAUGAUACUGGGAAUAUGUUUUCAGCCAUGAUUUUUAUUGGAUCUUUUGAAUUUUUAUCUAUAUUUUUAUUAGCAUUAAUUAGUGGACUUGUUUGGGAAGUAUUUACUAUUGUAUCGUUGUCUAUUAGAUAGGAGGAUGAAUAAUAAGAUGAUUAAGUAGAAAUUUCAAAUGAUGUUUAAUUAGAUACGAAAAUAACUGGAAUUUCUGGGGUUACUUAAUUAAAAAAGAAAACAAGAAUUUUGAACGAUGAUAAUCCAGAUGUAAUUUAAUUUUAAUCAAAUGAAAAUCGAGAUUUAAAAGAAGGCAAUCCAGCUUUUAGAACUAUAUCAGAACAAAUGUAAUAAGAUACUUUUAAUGAAAAUAAUAUAUAAACAAGAGAGAAUUCAUAAGUAAGAAUUGUAUCAAUUGCUCAUUCCAAAACAAUAAUAAGAAUUAAAGCUCCAGAAUAUAAACCAUUUGAUGUUGGUUCUUUAUAUAAAUAGCAUUUUAAAGAUUAUCAAAUCUUCUUAGAAUAAAAAUAAAAUAAGGAGGGUUUUGAUGUAUAGCAUGUAACAACUGAAUAUAUGAAUCAUUUAAGAAAUGAAAUAAAGAAGGAUGAAUUGUUCCAUAAAAAAUAUAUUAACAUUUCAAAUCAUCAAUUAUUGAUAUAAAAUGCAGUUCUUAGAGAUGCUUCUGAGGUAUACAUAAAAAAGUAAGAGGAUGAGUUUUUUAAAACAUCUUAUAGAGAGAAAUUUGAAAGAAUCUAAGAAUUAAAGUUUUAAAGUAAAUUUAAAAUAGAAAGUAAAAUAUUAUUUUCUUUAAUGGGAAUUCUAAAAUUUCCAAAACCAAAUAUCAAAUAUUACUUUUAAAUACUCUAUCUGAUUGAAAACUAUUUUACAUAUUAAUUGUUACCAGAAAGUUCUUUCUUUAAAUUGCUUCAUCAAAUUAAUAAUAGAUGGUAUUUAAUUAGUAUAGAGGAUACAGAAAUAUGUUUCAAUAGAUUACAUUAAGGUCCUUGGGAUUAUUCUGAUACUUUAUUUACAACUAGUAAUCUUUAGAUUUGUGAUAAUUUAAGAAGUUUCAUUGAUCAAGAUACGUAUGAAAGUAAAACAACAGUUGAAGAAUUUAAAUUAAGUUUAAGUAAAUUGGCUAAAAAUUUUGAAAUGGAUAUCUCAUCAGUAGAUGUAAAUAGUAGUUGUAUUCUCUAUUAAAUUACAAAUGAUGAAUUUGGAUAUGACAUUAAUUCUAUAAAAUUAAAAAGAAGUAAAUGAUAUAAAUUUAUAGAUAGCACAAGAAGAAAUAUCUCCAGAUUAAAAAUUUGUUGUUUUAGAAUCAUAAAGAAACAUAGGUACAAAACCUUUUGUAACACAUCGUUAAGAUUCCUAAUUAUCUGAUGAACAUAAACAUAUUAGUAAAACAAUAAUGUUUGUAUUAUCUAAAACUUAAGCACAAGAACAAAGAAUAAUCUAUCAAAAUUAAGUUAUGUUAGCAUAAUUUAUAUUAGAUCUAGCAGGAGUAAUUCAUAAUUAUUCUCAUAAUUUUUUUUAAUAGAUAGAAGACUUAUAUAUUCUAAAACUUAAAUAAAAAGGUAAAGGUAUAAAGAGAUUAUGA